UCACUCCUCAGUCCUUUAUUGAAAUAAUCAUAUUUCAGUCACAUCACAUCACAUCAAUAUUCAAUGCAAACUUCAAAAUGAAACCUUAAAACCCCAAAAGCAGUGUCCUAAAUAUUACAUUCCCCCUUGUCCCCACGAUGUCUCUAACUCCCAAAUCUUGUCUUCCCAUAUACUUGUUGGUUCUACUUCUCCUUCCCCUGAUAGGGACAGCAGAGUAUUCUUCCCUUCACAAGGUCCUCAACAGCCAUGGCUUGCCAGCAGGGCUCUUCCCUCAAAGUGUCAAGUCAUUCAACUUGGACCAAACAGGUCGGUUGGAGGUGCAUUUGGGUCGUCCCUGUUUGGCUCAGUACGAAACAAGGGUGUUCUUUGACAGUGUGGUGAGGGCUAACCUUAGUUUUGGACAACUAAAGGUGUUGGAUGGGAUGUCUCGAGAAGAACUUUUCUUGUGGCUACCUGUGAAGGAUAUCAUAGUCACUGAUCCUUCCUCGGGUCUCAUUGUUAUUGAUAUUGGUCUUGCCUUUAAGCACCUUUCCUUGUCUCGGUUCGAAGACUCUCCAAUUUGUAGAUCUCACUCAGGUCUCUUGCUUAAAGUUGGUGGAAGGAGGGGAAUUGGAUUUAAAGAUCAAAGAUGAAAGGUUGUUCAUUUUGCUAAGAAUGGCUUCUUCUCCUUUUCAAUUUAGGUUUCUCUUUUCUGGGUUAAGGGUUUCCCUAGAAAGAAUUAUGUGAAGAAACGUGCAAACCCAAAAUGUAUAAUGCUAUCCAAUAAUUGCAUGAACUGGAUCACAAGAUAAUCAAUAUUACUUGCAAGAGAAGAAAUUGUACUCUGUCCAUUAGGAUCAACUUUUAAAACGUUGAGGAAAACUCUAAUUCAACUAGUAAGCACUUGUUAUAUAUAUGUGUAUG